UGCUUAGUUAAAAUUACAGCGGCAAGCCCAUUUAUCGGUUACCAACAAGCUAUUGGCUGCCUCUAAAGGCGCCAAGAUAAAAAAUUGUUGAUAAAUUUUGUGGUGGUCGAACGAUAGAAUUUAUGUACAGUGCUGGGAGUAGAAGAAAAGUGACAUAAAUGGCGGAAUUGUGCUAAAGCAGCGCCAACAUUUGUAUUUAAUUGCGGAUUGUAUAAAAUAAUAGUUAAUUUCAUAGCUUUAAGACGCGGCAAAGCAAGUGUGGCAACUAAUUGGUCAUCAAAUAAUCAAGAUAUACCAGAAUUUAAGUGCGCGCCAUGUAUAAGCGUAAAUCUGCAGCUGCAGCUCUACCUUCAAAGCAGCGGGUCAGUGUCAGCACCAGCCCCGAAACAGCAGAUGAGUCUGCUGCUACUGCUGCUGCACAUGAUGAUUUAGACACAAAGUCACGCGUAGAGCUGACAGAGGAUCAAGAGAAACUGGACAUGGACGAGCAAAACUCAAGCCAAUCACAAUCUCAGCCAAGCCAACAGCGUUCUGUUGGCUCGCUUGUGUUAUUGACCCAAAAAUUUGUUGAACUAAUGAAGCAGAAUGGCGGCUCGAUAGAUCUGAAAGAGGCAACAAAAAUCUUGGACGUGCAAAAGCGACGAAUUUACGAUAUAACCAAUGUUUUAGAGGGUAUUGGCUUAAUUGACAAAGGCAGGCACUGCUCGUUAGUACGUUGGCGGGGCGGAGGCUUUACUAAUGCCAAAGACAGAAGAGCGUAUGAGAUAGCUUGUGAGCGCACAAAUCAUUUAAAAUCAUUAGAGGAUGAUUUGGAUAGGCAAUUGGAGUAUGCCCAACGCAAUUUGAAUUUUAUAAUGCAAGAUCCAACUAAUCAAUCGUAUGCGUAUAUAACGCGCGAUGAUUUUUUGAACACUUAUGGUGACGACACAGUCUUCACUAUACCCAAUUAUGAUGAAGAAGUAAAAAUUGAGCGUAAUGACGACGAACUGCGAGUUUCAUUAGAUAAUGGUAGCACAAUUGACAUUCGUCUGGUUACCGAUCAAGGUACGGGUAUUACGAAUCCGCAAGAUUCGGAUGGACCCUUUGAUGAGCAACACUGCGACACACCAACGCCAAACUCAUCGCCUUCACACUCUAGCGAUGCGGGGCAGGGAACUGGCAACGUCAUUAAAGACGAGCAUACGUAUUCUUGCAAUCCAGAACUAAAGGAAGAGAACAAAACGCUGGAGAAUGAGCUAACUGCAAAAAUAAUAUUUCAAAACUAUUUGUCGGGGCAUUCACUAAGAAGAUUCUAUCCGGAUGAUCCCAAUUUAGAAAACCCUCCACUUGUGCAGGUGAACCCACCCCAAGAAGACUUUAAUUUUGUGCUGAAAAACGACGAAGGAGUUUGCGAAUUAUUUGAUGUACAUUGUUAGGCAACAAUCGUUAGGCUUGCGUUUGUAAUUGGCCGAGUGCAUUGUGCAAAUAUUUAAGCUUAGUAAAAUUCUGACCUUUAAUUAUUUUUUAUAACGUAGGCAUUUUAAAUUAGUUUAAUUGUA